AUGGGCUAUCGCAAUUGGCUCAACCGGAAGAGCAGUGAAGGAGCCAAAUCGUCCAUCCUCCUCCCCCUUUUCGAAGCGGUCAUCCACCAACUUCCUAAAUCUAUCGCCCAUCUCCACCCGUCCACCAGCACUAGUCCGGCGUACUUCCACCCUCGCUAUAUCGAUCUCCUCCUGAAGCUCGGUUCCCACCUAGACGAGGAAGACGCCGGAAUCGUUAUCGACUACUACCAGCGCGAAUGCCUUUGUUUGCCAUUCACUUCCGGCUGGACCGAAAACAUCUGGAAGCUUGUUCGGGCGUUCUUCCUCUCCCUCUCGCCACUCGAGGUCGCCCGGAAACGGGUCGCCAAGCUUCUCUUUACGGACAUUGCGGGCUUUGCGCAGGAUAUGCCCGAGUACCGUGUCGAACUUGUCGACAAGGUGCUCGUUCCGUUCCUCCAGGAGUAUCUCGUUACUACUCAGGAUGAUGGGUUUCAGAAGGAUGCACUGGCGGUACUGGUCAAUGCGGCGGUGGCGGAGACGCUGGAACGAGACGAGGAGAGGCGAGAGAUACGGGCGCAGUCGGCGGCUUCGGCAAAUGCAGAGGAGGAUGCCUCGCCGGAGGCCAGUCGAGAGGUCACCGAAGCGACCUUUGCGGGCAGCUUCAAUGCUAUCCGAGCGCUCAUUGCUGAGGUCGCGCACAUCCCCUGCAAAGAGGAGUCUGCGGGGGGCAUACCGAUGUCAGCCUCGAUGGCGGAGUCUGGCUCGGCGAAUAGCUUAAGCCGAUCAGUCAGCGGCAAGGCAAAAGAGCCGAGCUUGCGAACGUUGAAGGGUACGAUAUCACCUCCCGUCCGGUCCACCCAACUACCGUCCAUUUCCUCCAUCUCUGGUGCUGGCGCUACUACCGACGAACAGGCUUCCCCGGUUCCCGCUAUCCACCAACACCACGCAGACUGUCGGUCCAUCCAGGCGGUCCUAUCCCUCAUCUCCAUCUUCACCAAGCUAUGCUUUACCCCUUCAUUCCACAACACCACCAACACCAAGGCAGUGCGUAUGCCCGCAUCUUUCCGCAGCAUCAUUAUCUUCCGGGACCUCCUCGGCCUGCUUUAUCCCAUGACCGACGACCGGACGCGGCAUACCAACACACCCGCACAGGUCAAGAUGGCCGCGCGAUGCCCGAGGGCCCGGAUCAUCAUUCUCGAAUGGCUUAUGCGGCUCCGGGCGGACAAUCAUCAUCGCAUCUUUGUACGGCGGAACAUCGAUGACGCGGCUUUGCCAUUUGCGGCAAUGCUGCGGAGGACAAAGGAUACAGAAGCAGAGGGACGGGCGGCGGAGGCGGACGAAAGUAGACGGAGGUCGAGACCUUCUCAGCAGGCUCGAGCGCAGGAGGAGGAUAGAGGACGAGCCUCCAGGAGCCAAGAGAGCAGUACUCGAAGCCGCAGCCGGUCUAAGGCUGCGCCCAUUGUGCGAGGAGUGGAUCACACCUACAACCCACUUUGGAUCCUUCCGCAGGAAGAGCUGUUCGAGGUUCCGCGGAGCGAGCAACCAAGCGAGAUCAUGACGACCUACAACCCCAGUCACCCCGCCCUGCAGGACCCAACCGCCAAGCCGAUCGAUGGGGUCUGGCUCCCAGUCUCGCAGUACGUCCGCGUCCUGAAUGGCAUUCUGCGCGGGCAUGACUGGGAGCUGGUCUCGUACGUGCUAUGCUUCCUGCCGCUGCAGCUGCGCAACAAGCUCUUCUUCCACGGUCGGCGGGCGGUUACGGAAGUGCGGGCGUUGGUGCGGGUCUUGGCGGAAGGUGUGCUGGGAGUUGAUGGGAGCUGGGAGAAGCGGUACAAUGUCCCAACCUUCAUCAAGCGGGUCGACAUCAACGCUAUCGCCUACCAAUCCCUCUCCAUCCUCAUUGCCUAUCGAGGCACCAUGGCUCGGGACGAAUGCGACCAGCUGGUCCAGGCGUUCGCGGAUGGUCUGCAGGGUCGGAAAGACCUCGCUAAGCCCUGUCUCCAGGCGCUCACCCUCUGCAUCUUUGAGCUGGAGCAAUACGUCGGUCGUCACCUCCUCACCAUCAUUGAUCGGAUGGAGCGGAUCGUCACCACCACCGCGCUCGCCAUCCACAUCCUCGAAUUCCUCAUUGCGCUCGGGCAUAACGGGUCGCUCUACCGCAAUUUUACCGACGAGCAAUACCGUCGGGUCUUCCACAUUGCCAUCGACUACAUCACCAUCCAUAAUGCGCGGUCGGACGAACCCAUCGACCUCAGUAAAUCCCGCGAAGACUACACGCUGUCCCAGCACGUGAUCGGUCUCGCCUACUAUAGCAUCUACAUCUGGUUCCUCGCCUUAAAGCUACCACAGCGGCCCAAUCUCGUCCCCGAGAUCACGCGAAAGCUGCUCCAGGGCCGGUCGAAGCGGGUCAUGGUGGAUGAGAUGGCGGAGGUAUGCUUUGAUUGGCUGUCGAGGUAUACCUACGGCAACGCGGAUCCCCGGCCGGCAACGUCAUUCCUCUCCGAGGCGGUCAUGAAGGACUCGAGGGAGAGCGAGGUACCAAAGUCGGUCAGUUGGCUGUUGGGCGGGGCGAUCUUGACGAUCACGGCGCAUGCGAGGAGCGGGUGGGCUACCAUCACGAGUACGAGGCCGACGGGGUCGACCAGUGUGGUGCUCAAGCUGGAAAAUGUCCCGCUGCUGGAGCUAGGGGAGACAAAUGCGGAUCUCAUCUCACUUCCGGCAUUCUUAAUGGCGAACAGGGAAGUGAUUGCCAAAGCUGGGGGAAGUGCAGUGAGCUUCGACGCGUCCUCGCUCCACGGCUUCAUCUGGUCCGGCGCAACCCCCUCUCAACGGCGCAAAGACGUCGUCAUCCACCCCAGCUACCUCGGUCUCCAACUCCUUUCUUCCUACCCCAAUCAAAGCCUCGAGACUCCUCGUGGCCGCCUCGUCCCGCCCGAAGAGAAAUUCCAGCGGGCUUUACGCGGUAUACAAAACACCCCGGUUAUCGAUACAGUCAAGAUUGCGGUCCUUUACGUCGCUCCCGGCCAGACGACCGAGACCGAGAUCCUGGGCAACAUCGACGGAUCUCCCCUCUAUCUGGACUUCUUAUCCGGUAUCGGUCGGCUCAUCAAGCUUAAAGGCCAGGUCGACGUCUUUGUCGGCGGUCUUAAUCGCGAUACCGACUCGGACGGCGAGUACGCCUAUGCGUGGUGGGAUGACUUUGACCAAGUCAUCUUCCACACACCGACGAUGAUGCCUAAUCAUCCCGAUCAGCCUGGAUAUGACGGCAAGAAACGGCUGGUCGGCAAUGAUUUCGUCAAGAUCGUGUACAAUGAGUCUGGCAAGGACUUUGCGUUCGACACGAUCCGGACGGCGUGGAACUUUGUCAAUGUCGUCGUCACUCCGUUGACGCUCGGAGAGGGGACUAUCAUCCCCGAGGUGUAUACGCCGCCGAGCGAGGAUGGGUGGACAGACUGGGAUAGGGAAGAGUGGUUCAAGGUGGAUAUUCAGAGGGCGCCGGGAAUCCCAGAAUUUGGGCCGCUAGGGGAGGGCAAGCUCGUCUCGCGCCAUGCGCUACCCAUCCUCGUCCGUCAGCUGGCGCACCUUGGGAACGACCUCGCCGCGCGGUUCAUGCAUAUUCGGGACGCGAGUGAUGCCGAGUCUGCAGAGUAUAUCUCGAGUUGGCGGAGUAGGCUGAGGGCUAUGUCGCGGUUGAGAGAAAUGUGA